AUGUCAUCUAAUAUCACCCUCGUCGAUGAGUAUCUUGCCAAAGGGACAUGGAAAACCGCCGAAAAUGCCAACUCAACCUACUCCCACCAGGGCCUCAUGCAAUACAUAUCAAACCAGGUCAUCUCGCAGUACUGGCUUGAGAAGAUCUACACGGAUGAGAUCCGCCAGUAUGACAGUGAAAACCGCUUCCACAUCCACGAUCUUGGCUUCUUAAGCGCGUACUGUUCUGGUUGGAGUAUAGAGGAUAUUCUCCUCCAAGGCUUUGGCGGCGUGGAGAACAAGAUCCAAUGCCGACCUGCGAAGCACCUCAAUACUGCUCUCAACCAGAUUGUGAACUUCCUCUUUACUCUGCAGGGUGAACUGGCUGGAGCACAGGCUUUGUCCAGCUUUGACACGUACCUUGCGCCUUUCAUCCGCAGAGACAAUUUGUCAUACACCGAGGUCUUCAAGUGUGUGCAAAGCUUUGUCUACUCUCUUAACGUUCCCACCAGGAGCGGCUUUCAGGCUCCUUUCACCAAUCUCUCUCUGGAUCUUAUCUGCCCAAAGCGAUUGGGGGAACAGUGUGUUAUUAUUGGCGGUGAAUUGUGCACAGAGUGGACUUACAAUGACUUCCAAGAAGAGAUGGAUGUUCUCAACAAGGCAUUUGCCGAGGUCAUGAUGCAAGGUGAUGGCAAUGGCAAUAUUUUCUCAUUCCCAAUUCCCACCUAUAAUGUUUCUGAUGGAAUUGACUGGGAGUCACCUCGUUGGCAGUCAAUUUGGGAGAUGACAGCCAAGUACGGUGUCCCUUAUUUUGCCAACUUUAUCAACAGCGAUCUUGAUCCCGAGGAUUUUAGGUCCAUGUGUUGUCGGUUGAGACUCGAUCUCAGCAAACUACACUGCAGAGUGGGUGGCCAAUACGGCGCCAGUCCUUUGACUGGUUCAAUUGGAGUUGUCACCAUUAACCUCCCCAAUCUUGCCUAUCGAUCAAACAGGUCUAAAGAGACUUUCAUGGUCGAAUUGACAAACACGUUGAGGGUGGCCAAAGACUCAUUGGAAAUCAAGAGGAAACUUGUCGAUGCCAACUCAAGUCUGUAUCCUUACGCUGCUCACUACUUGUCAGCCACAAAGCAUCGCACAGGAUCACACUGGACUAAUCACUUCAGCACUAUUGGAGUGAAUGGUAUGAAUGAGGCAUUGGUUGAUCUCCUUGGAAAAGGAAUUGACGCAAACAAAGAUUUUGCUCUUGAGGUUUUAGAGCUCAUUAAAGAUCAACUGCAAGAGUUCCAGAAAGAGACGGGUAAUCUUUACAAUCUUGAGGCGAGUCCAGCAGAGAGCACCUGCUACAAGUUCGCCAAACGAGACAAGGAACUCUUCCCAAAUCGAGAGAUACCAACAUUUUACACUAAUUCGACCAUGCUUCCAGUUGACACUACAGAAGAUCUCUUCGAGGCAAUGCGUCACCAGGAAGAUCUCCAGUGCUCGUAUACUGGUGGGACUGUCUUCCACGCCUUUCUCGGCGAGCAAUUGCCAAGUUGGAAGUUAGCUCGAGACCUGAUCAAGACCCUUACGGCACGUUUCCGCAUUCCUUACAUCACCCUCACGCCAACUUUCAGCAUUUGUCCCAAGCAUGGCUAUCGUGCGGGCGAGCAACCAGAAUGCACAGCCUGUGGAGAGUUAACUCUAGUCUACUCCCGCAUUGUCGGCUACUUCCGCCCCACACGAGAUUGGAACAGAGGCAAGUCGAAGGAGUUUAUUCAACGAAAGGUGUAUAAGUACGAGAGUGGACUUGAGCCCGGUAGUGAUGACAACCUGAAGCAGCUGGAGAAACAGGUCGCUGUAAUCGAAGACCUGCCUGUGGCGGGUUAUAUCAAGAGCACACUCAGCGACUAUCCUGGCAAGAUGCAGGCCUCGAUCAUGUUUACGUCUCGUUGCAAUUUGGCUUGUCCCUGGUGCCACAACGGCCCUCUCGUUCAAGGCGAAUGUGACGACGUGACCCUCGUUGACAUCUUCCGUCACAUCACUUCUACAUCGCACAGAUCUUUAGUCGUCUCGGGUGGUGAACCAACCAUUCACAGGGGAUUGCUUCCAUUUCUAAGACUCCUCAAGAGGGCCGGCAUCAGCGUCAAGUUGGACUCAAACGGAACAUCACCCGAGGUUCUCAAACAAGUCUUCACUGAGAACCUCGUUGACUUUGUAGCAAUGGACAUCAAGUGUGCUCUGGAGAACUACAAGAGAGUCACUGGCCGAAAGGUCAAGCCGAAGCUUUUGGAAGCCAGCAUUGAUCUCAUCAAGAGUAGUGGAGUGCCAUAUGAGUUUCGCACGACGGUUGUGCCAGAGCUGAUGGAUAUGGAGGAUGUCUUUGAGGCGAAGCGCUUAUCUGGGAAGAAUUUAACUGUGCAACGAUUCCGGAAUGGCGGGAGUGUCUUGGAUGGGAAGUUCAGAGACUCCCACGAACAUACAGAUGAGGAGUUUAGUAGUUUACUCAGCCAGAUAGCCUGA